UGAGCAGGCUGUGUGUCCCGAAGUCAAGAUAUACACAGAAAAGGCGGGGCUAAGGAGAAAAGCGCACAGGAGUGAUAGUGCACUCAAUCCCGCCCGAAGGUUUCCCUCCAAACCAGGCGUUUUUUGCAUUGUUUUCACUCUGAACCAAACUUGAACAUUUUUUUCUGCUUGCCAUCAUGUUGAUCAUGCCAGCUUUCACACACUUGGAUGCCCCUGCUGUCGACAGAAAAUGCCUCUUCGUAUCUCAUCAUGACUGCUCUGGAUGUGUGUGUGUUAGAGAUCAAGGAAAUCACACAGAGCAAGGCUUUACAAAUAUUUGAAUGAAGACUGUCCCAGAUGGCUAGCAGGAAUACUGCACGUCCCUAACUGACUGGAUGACACCCCAUUGGUGAAACACGUGUGAAAAUUCAGGUUGAAGCCACAUCAUGACAGACUUAGAAGCCACGGCGAGGGAGGCUCCCCCGCCUUACAUGAUCUUCAUCCUGGUCUUUCUGUUUUUUGUCACUGGACUGCUGGGCUUCCUUAUCUGCCACCUGCUGAAGAAGAGCGGCUAUCGCUGCCGCACCGGCGACAUGGAUGAUGAUGAGGAGGAAGAGAAGAAGGGAGCAAUUGCUGAUGAGGAAGAUGAAGAAAAUCAGGACACUGUAGAGCAGAUCCUCAAAUGCAUCAUUGAGAAUGAAGCCAACAUGGAGGCCUUUAAGGAGAUGCUGGGGAACCAGAAUGUCUGUGUGCGCCACGACCCCAGGUUGCUUCGUAAGGAGUCGCUGGGUGGUGUACCUUCCCAUCACCAUACUGUUCAUUCGGGCAGUGACCACACCUCCUGCCACCUCUGUGCCCAGAGUCGAUCAAAAAAGAGCCGCCGGCAAAGCAGAGCCCAUCGUACCAAACAACGAUCUGGAGAACAGACUGUCUUCUCUGUUGGCAGAUUCCGGGUGACGCAUACUGACAAGAAGCUCCAGGGAGGUCCUAAUGCAUUGGUCAUUUCGGGAGACAAUCUGGACCAAUCCCAGGACAAUGAAGAGCAGAAGGACGUCAUGGUGGACAGGAAGGAGGGAGGCUACAACCUAAUGAACAUGUUCAAAGAUGUGCGACCGACUCCAGAAAGCUCUAAUGGGGCUCCUGUGAAUGUGGGGAAACGCAAAAAGAGUGUGGUAAUAUUUGGACAGAGGCGGAGCAGCGAUCCUGCUGGUGUGAAAUUGGCAACCUUGCCUGGAGGGACAGGUAGGGAGACUGGGGGUGUUAAAUUUGGGAUUCAGCAGCAGCCUGUGGUGUUGGAAGAAUCAUUGCAGGCUUCUCAUCUGGCAGAUAAUGCUGUUGUCAGGCCUGAAGCUGGGACUGAAACUGGUUCCAAAACUCAAACUGCAUCUGGGCCCACACAGUCAUCACCUUUACUUGAGGCCAAAACUUUUGGCUCUGCAGCUAAGUCUCCCUCCUCUCAAACUCAAAUGCAAGCCCAUGAUUUAAGCUGCCUUCCUGAGGUUGGCCCCAAUCCUGAACUUCAUGCGAGCCUUACAAACAAAUCAUCAGAUAGGAAUACACCAGUUCCUGCCCCUACUUCUCUUCCUAUUCCAUGUCCGGUUCAGGAGGAGAAAAAGCAAGAGGUUAAUUCUCCUGGGCCUUUGCAGACUUCUACACCCAUUGCCCCGGCACCUGGAUCGAUUACAGGUUUUACUCCUAUCCUUUCUGCCCCUCAGCUUGAACCCUGUUCUAGUGCAGGUCCUCCAGCUGCCCAUACUCCUCCUGGUCCCAGCUCCACCCCCAGCCCAGAUCUCAAUCCAGAUCUUAGAGCUAGCCUAGCUUCAGUAAGCCUAGGUUCAUCCACUCCCUCUUCAUUCCUCAUCAAAACCCCAUCAUCGGUCUCUUCACUGAAAACUCCUACCUCACCGCCAGUGCUCACACCAAGCCCUAAACUACCACACAGCUUUAAAGGUACCCCUUCUGAAAACACAAAAUCUGCUUCGCUCUCUCCUUCCCCUGCCAGCACUCCUAGCCUUAAACUGUCCUCAGUCCCAGUGAUGCCUAGCCAAUCUCCUAUCCCACCAUUAAGCCUAGGGAAAAGCCCUAGCCCAUUACCAGCCUAUACUCCCUCCCCUGUUCUUCCUUCCAGCCCUAAACUUACCACCAUGCCAAUAUCGCAACAAACAAUGUCUUCUUCUGCAGUUCCCCCAACCCACUCUCUUGGAAGUUCACCUCGUCUUACUGUGCGGUCAGAUAGCGUGGCCUCCUUAAAAUCUUCGACUGAAGGACAUGUGGCUACAGCCCCUAAAUCUUCAACAGAAAUGGAGCUUGAGGGAACCACAACAUUAAAGCCUGAUGAAAAGACAGGCUCAGUGACGGUUGGGAUUCUCAAAAAGACAAACGUGAUGGGAGAUUUUAAGGGUGCUGCCCCCUCUGAUAAGCUUUCUGAAGACAGACUGAGCAGUUUGCCUCCAUCACCUUCCACCCCAGUGUUUCCCUCCUCUUCCCUAGGGAGCAGAAUAAGCACUGUCAAAGCCAGCCCCAAUAGUCAGAGAGAGUUUUCUGUUGUUACUAUGGUGGAAGAGGAAAAGCCCUCUGUUUCAACAGAAAGCCAGACAGGGGAGACUUCUGAACUUGGGACUACAGGUGGACAAAAAGAAGACCCAUCCACAGCAUUGGUUGGAUUGACAGUAAGUCAGGACAAGGAUGACAUGGUGGAAAUGGAAGAUAUACAAGACUGCAAGGUAAAACAGUAAAACACAGGAAAGACAAAAUUAGAGAAAGGAGUUGAAGAGGAAAGUGGUGCAUAUUCACCAAAGCAAGGACUGAAAAGGUCUGUCUCACAUCUAGAUUGUUGGGAGAGCAAGGCAAUGUGAAAUUCAAACUUUACCCUGGCAGCAGAAAUAAAGAAAUAAAGGGUCAAGUCUCAGCAAAUGCGAGGAAAAUUGAUUGAGAUAAGAACUAAGAGGGUAGAGAGACUAAAAUAACAAAGAUGAGAGCCAGCAAACAGCAGAAAACUCACACCUCCCAUGAAUAAAUGGACGAAAAAAAGCAAUAAAAUAAAGCAAGUGUGAUCAUGCCUUUAAACCCACCAGUUAGUAUAAAAAUUCAUGCAUCUAGACUGGACUGGCUGAUUAACUAACUUACUGGCAUAUAUAUUGACUUAGUUAAAGGAAAAAUUCCCCUCUCUUUCUUGUUCCGUGUUAUAUAUUAUCAGUUUGCAAAGUCCAUUGUAUUCUUUGAGUUGUUUUUGUGGGAGGUGUUGUUAUCUACUUUUUUAGUGUAUUUACUUUACCUCAACUACUUUGUCUACUUCUUCACUUAAAUGAUCAUUAUCCAGAUAUAGCUAGCUACCCAAGUAGUUUGUGCUCAUUGGGAAUGUCUAUGAUGGCAGCUGUGGCCUCACUCAAAAUGCAGUAGUUUGUGGAGGUAUUGCAUUCUCAUAUAUUGAGCUUCCCAUUGACUGUCAGAUGCUCCGACCUCUGAGCUGUAUUUUCCCACUUCUGUGCUGAAUUCCAUUGCAACUGACAGCGACACCUGCAGAAAGACAGAAAAACUUUGAUCUGUCCACUGGCACCAGAUGACACACUAAAGAGAGUCGAUGAAGAUAGCUAUCCACUAAUGUUAACUAGGCUAGCUGCAGCUAGUAAUCUUUACUGCUGGUGUUAUCUCCAUUUAUCAGAUUAAAAGAAUGCACUGCUAUAAAUCUAUAUUAUCUUAAAAUAAUGACGACAGAGAAUGCGAGGCUGAAGUUGAUUGUGUUUUCGCAACACAUUAUUGUGAUGUCAUUUUUGACGUGAUUUAUGGGUAUUCUGGCAAACUCAGAGCUUUCUGCUGUUCUCUGCUAUUUUGACAUGGAGUUCCAACUUAACUGGCCUUUCAUAGCACUUUUCCAUUGACAAAAUCGGAUUUAUCCUCGUUCUGAGUUCCAUGGAAAGCUGGGUAUUGAGGCUGUUCUUGAUAGAAAACUGGUAUGCUUCUUCUGCAGUGGAUUUUCAUCCUGUAUGCUUGGAGAUUGGUGGGCUGAUUUUUUGACUGGUUACUAGUUGGUUCCUCAUUGCUUUGUGCUUGACUGAAUAGACCAGCUGGCUAGCUGAUUAAUUGGACACCCAGCAUUUCUGCACUGACUGAUUAGCUAAUAGAUUAGCUGGUGGGUUGGAGGUCUCAGAAGGAUGUGGUGUUGAAAACAGGGACAUCAACAAGCCUGUCAGUGCUCUGGCAUCAGCUGUGUUAUUGUGUCCCUUGGGUGAAGUCCAGUGGAUACUAUGGACUGACUGUGAUCAUCCACCGCCAUGAUGUUUUUUUUGUGAAUGCUCCUGAGGCCACAGUUAUUGAUUUUUUCAGUGUUUGGUAUGGACAUGGGUUGUGGUUAGGCGACAACACCUAUCGAUUUUCAUUGCCAUAAAAACUACUUUGGCAAAAACUAAUUUGGGGAAAGCCCCUAAACUUGGGAGGUACACCCAUGUGGUCGUGAGCAACUGAACAUUCUACUUAAUAUGGUAACGAUGGUGCUUAUUUAUUGUUGUAUAAAUGUGUCAGUGACUUGGGCAGUGCUGGCACCUCUUAAUCACCCAUAUUUAUCCUCCUGCUUUUAAAACAAGAUUAACAACACAAACACGCAGGGAGCAAUAGCCACUUCUACUCUGUUGCUAUUAUAUACAGCAUACCUACUACAUUCUGACCAAAAUUAAAUCAAAGCCUUAGAGUUGCUGUAGGAAAUGGUGGACUUUUCUUAUCUGGGAAAGAUUCAGCUAACUACUGCGGCGAUGGCCAUGUUCCUCUGGACAUGUUCAUGCAAAUUAAUUUUCUCUGUUGGCAUCAAGGUGUCAUGAUUUUACCUGUUUGUAAAACCACCCACUAUUCUAAAUCAGUCAUUCCCCCUGUAAUUCUACGACAGCUAAAUGUGCCGUACAUCUUUCACCAUGGCCAUUGUUCUUCAAGGUUUUUAUCUGAUCUUUUCAUUGUAUUUAUCAACUUUAUUUAUCAAUAUUAUUUUUAAAUUUUAUGUCAUUCCAAUGUUAUUCCAUUAUUUAGCUCGCUUGUAUUUUUCUUUUUCUUUUCUUUUUUUUUUUUUUUUUGGCUGUAUAUUGUAUUAUUUACCUGUUUGUUUGUAUGUUGCUGAGUUUUGUGUACAAGCUACUUGAAAGAAAGUGCCCCUUGUGGGAUUAAUAAAGUUGUCUGUAUUGUAACUAGUCUUUAGUCUUACCAAGUCAAAAUAGUCCCAAGUAUAACCAUUGGACUUUGGACUAGUUCUGUAUUUAUACCAGCAGGUCUGUGUACAUUUUGAUAAUGGAUGAAAUACAACAUUAUAGAAACAAGAAAUCAAUUUGUUUUUAAAGGAUGAGGAACUGAAAAA